AUGCUGGCGCCGAGGAUCUCAGGGCGCGCUGCAGUCCCCAGCUCGGUCUCGAACCUUUCUCCUCGCAGGCUCUUCGGGCAGGCGCGGGAGCCGGAUCGGCGGGCAGAGGACGCGCUGGGCGACACUCUUCUCCUGGACCCAGAGGCGGAGGGAAAACCCGGCCUGACUCACCCGCGCGGCGCGAGCCCCAGAGCCCGGCCCGGCCCCCGGAUGUGGGGGGCGGACACCGACGCCGCCCCCGAGCGACCUGAGCCCCGCCCCGGCUCGGGGGUGCAGCGGGGCGAUCCCCCGGUGCCGCGCUCGCUCGCGUGCAGCCGCUCCGCAGACCCGGACCCGGCCGAGGCUCCAGAGCGCGCGCCUCCCGGCUGCUGCUCCUCCUCCUCCAGCUCCGGGCCUCGCCCGCCUCUCCCGGUUUCCUUCCAGAACCAGCUUCCAAACUGGCGCGCUGGGGUGGGGCGGUCACGUCUCUGCUCCUCGCCGCCUCUUUCCCAGGCUGGCCUCAAAUUUGAUAUGCAGCUGAGAACGACCUUGAACAUCUGAAUCUCCGGCUUCAGACUCCCAAGUCCUGAAAUCGUAAGGUGGUGACACCAUGUCCAGUUUUGUGUAGUGCUGGGAACUGAACCCAGGGCUUCAUGCACACUAGGCAAACACUCCACCUCUGGACCACUGUCGUCACAUCUUCAGCCUUCCUUGCCCCUCUCUUUGCCCUCCCCUCUUCUCUUUGGCAGCCCAGCUUUGUAAUCACCCUGCCUUGGCCUCCCAAGCACGGAGGUUAGGGGCAUGUACCAUCACGUCUGGCUUGGAAUUUAAAAAGAACCUUAACACUGUCAUUCUCAUGAAGCACAGUUAUUCAGAAGCAGCUGGCAAACACUGGUUGUAUACUCCAGGGACCUGCUGCUUCCCUUCCCAGGAGUUCGAGUCAGCCCAUGUGGGUGUAAACCUGAAAGUAAGUAUUUCGUUGGUGGUCACGUGAGACCAGGAUUGUAAACACAUUUCUUUUCUUUUCUUUUCUUUUUUUUUUUUGGUUUUUCAAG